AUGGCCCUCCGCGGGCAGAGCCUUCUGGCCAAUCAGAGAACUCGUGGGGAGGGCUUUGCCGCAAGAAAGGGGAAUGGAGCCUAUCUAGGAAGUGGAUUCCUGGGGAAAGGGGUAGUCGGCGGUGGCGGCGGCACCAAGGCGCCCAAGCCCUCCUUCGUGUCGUACGUGCGUCCCGAGCAUUUUAACCAGCAGCGGUGCAGAGGCACUAACAAACUCUUCAGCCAUCUUCCCGCCUCUGUAAAGCCAAGGCAGGAAAUUCACACAAAUGAAAAGGAAAUUACAGAGAAGGAAGUAACUCUUCACUUGUUGCCAGGUGAACAGCUGCUCUGUGAAGCCAACACAGUACUGAAGUGUGUCCAGGAAGAUUCCUGUCAGCGUGGGAUCUACGGAAGGCUUGUCUGCACAGACUUCAAGAUUGCUUUCUUGGGCGAUGACGAAUCUACAUUGGAGAAUGAUGAAACCCAAUUUAAGAAUAAGGUUAUAGGAGAAAAUGACAUCACACUCCACUGUGUUGAUCAGAUUUAUGGAGUGUUUGAUGAGAAAAAAAAGACUCUCUUUGGACAGCUGAAGAAGUACCCUGAGAAACUCAUCAUCCACUGCAAAGACCUCCGGGUAUUCCACUUCUGUCUGAGGUACACAAAAGAAGAGGAAGUCAAAAGGAUUGUCAGUGGCAUAAUUCAUCACACCCAGUCUCCUAAACUACUUAAACGAUUGUUUCUGUUUUCCUAUGCAGCUGCAGCACAGAACAGCACAGCUGCGGACCCCAAGAACCAUACCGUCAUGUUUGACACACUUAAGGACUGGUGUUGGGAGCUGGAGCGGACCAAAGGCAACGUGAAGUUCAAAGCUGUGAGCAUCAACGAAGGCUACAGAGUGUGUGAAAGGUUGCCAGCAUACUUUGUUGUCCCUACCCCUCUUCCUGAAGAAGACGUGUCACGCUUUCAGGGUCACGGCAUACCAAUAUGGUGUUGGUCCUGCCACAAUGGAUGUGCCCUUUUGAAAAUGUCCGCACUGCCCAAAGAACAGGAUGAUGGUAUUCUACAAGUCCAGAAGAACUUCUUGGAUGGAAUUUACAAGACCAUCCACAGGCCACCGUAUGAAAUUGUUAAAACCGAGGAUCUGUCAAGCAACUUCCUAUCCCUGCAGGAAAUCCAGACCGCAUACUCCAAAUUUAAACAGCUGUUUCUGAUAGAUAAUAGUACCGAAUUUUGGGACACAGAUAUAAAAUGGUUUUCCCUGCUGGAAAGUAGCAGCUGGCUUGACAUUAUCAGACGUUGCCUGAAAAAAGCAAUCGAGAUUGCAGAAUGUCUAGAAGCACAAAACGUGAACAUUCUUCUUUUAGAGGAGAACGCCUCCGACCUCUGCUGCCUCAUUUCCUCUCUGGUGCAAGUGAUGAUGGACCCCCACUGUAGAACCAGAUUCGGUUUCCAGAGCCUUGUCCAAAAGGAGUGGAUCAUGGGUGGUCACUGCUUCCUGGACCGCUGCAACCACCUGCGUCAGAGUGACAAGGAGGAGGUUCCCGUGUUCCUGCUCUUCUUAGACUGCGUCUGGCAGCUGCUGCACCAGCACCCCCCCGCCUUUGAGUUCACGGAGACAUACCUGACCGUGUUGUCAGACAGCCUGUACAUACCCAUCUUUAGCACCUUCUUCUUCAAUUCGCCUCAUCAAAAAGAUGGUAACGUGGGUAGGGAAAGCCAGGAUACACAAAGCAAGCCUUUGAAUCUGCUCACCGUGUGGGACUGGUCUGUACAGUUUGAACCCAAAGCCCAGACAUUGCUCAGAAACCCUCUUUACGUGGAAAAGCCAAAACUGGACAAAGGCCAGCGGAAAGGAACACAUUGCAAACAUCAACGACAGCUUUCUUUGCCGCUCACCCAAUCCAAGUCAUCUCCCAAAAGAGGAUUCUUCAGGGAGGAAACAGAUCAUUUAAUUAAAAACCUUCUGGGCAAGAGGAUUAGCAAACUAAUUAAUUCUUCUGAGGAGCUGCAGGACAGCUUCCGCGAGUUCUACGACAGCUGGCACAGCAAGCCCGCCAGCUACCACGGUCUGUUGCUGCCGCACAUCGAGGGGCCAGAAAUCAAAGUCUGGGCCCAGCGCUACUUGCGCUGGAUUCCAGAGGCCCAAAUCCUGGGUGGCGGCAGGGUGGCCACCACGAACAAGCUCUUGGAGAUGAUGGAGGAAGUCCAGUGCUUGCAGGAGAAGAUCGAGGAGAAACACCACAGCCAGGAGGCCCUCCAGGCAGAGGCCACCUCCCUGCUGAGGAACUCCGUCCGCCUGUCCUCCUUGUUCCCUUUCGCUUUGCUGCAGCGCCAUUCCUCCAAGCCGGUCCUGCCCACCAGUGGUUGGAAAGCCUUGGGAGAUGAAGAGGAUUUGGCCAGACGAGAAGAUGAGUUUGUGGAUCUGGGGGAUGUGUGACCUAUCUGUUCAGUGUUUGUGAGAGAGGAGUGUCGCAGGCUGGGACAGGAGUCUGACACACCUGCCCUCGGGAUGGGUGUGUGGCGCUGAGGCUGACUGCUGGGGAGAGGGGCAUAACCCUUGCCCAGGGGGAACCUGGUCUUUAGGAAGAGAGCUGGUUCUCAUUUUUUCCCCUGGUUCUGAAAGACUAUGCAAUUAAAACCUUAUCUCUAGUAUUACUCAUUAAAAGGAGUUACUGCUUGGCCCAGAGUAGAACUGUGGCUGACGUCUGCUGCAUACCCUGCAGUAGCUGGUUUACUACUUAGAAAGGGCUUUGGUAAGACGUGCCUGGACUCCACCAUCUUCAGAUCUUUUGUGCCAAGGUGAUUUAUCCAGCCGUGGGGAAAUGCAAGUGUCUCUGUCGCGUCUCAGUUGGGAGCAAGCUCAGCUUUACAUGAUGUGUUUAUGGCGACUUAAAAGAUUCAAAUAGAGGUAUUAAGAUGUGUGGCCUUCAUUUCCAAACCGUAGCUUUUUUCCUCUCUUUGUUCUCUUGCCACGCAUGUCACCCAUCCUGAUGUUUCAGACCAUCCUCCCUCCUGUGUGGACUGUGUCACCUCACAGGGUGGGGGGGGGCCCCGCCCUUUCUUGUGGGCUGACAGCUCCAGGUCUCCCUGUCUGCUCGUACCACUCGCCACCACUCUCCCUGCUCCCCUACUUCCCGCCUUGGUGCACGUCGACCCAGGAUCUUGCUGCUAAACCUGUUGGUUAGACUGGGGGAGUCUCUUUGGUUUGCCCAGAGGAGCUUCUGUUCUUCCAGAGGCGCUCAGCAUCUGAAAGCAAUCACUUUGCCUUUUUCUAACAGCACACCCGGGCUUCGGGGCGCUUGUGACCACAGUCCUCUGCAGCAGCCCUCAGCCGGGUUCCCCAGGUCCCUGUCACCUUACAGACUGAUGAGUAGGAUCACUGUUGAAUGUGACUUUCACAGGGAAGCAGUCAAGCAUAAAUGUCAGAAGUGAUGGUUAUCACGUAGUACCUCAGCGAUUUAAAAGCCAUAGAAGAAACUUGACUCUGCCUGGUAACCUUCUUGGAUCUGCUGUCUAGAUGAUAUAUAUUUUUUAAAUGCAGGAAAGAACACUUUGUAAGGACCAGUUUUUUUCAUUCUCCAUGGAACCCUGUUCAAUUCCACAAAAGGAAGGGGGGAAAUUAUCUCACAUUAGAAUGUUUCCUAUCGAAUGUUUGCCUUUUAUAUACAUUUGCUCUCCAGUAUCGAUCCCAAUUUGAUUAUUACCUGUUUAGAAAAACUUUCAGUUGCUCAAGGGCAAUAAGGAGUUUUGAAACUAUUGAGAGAGGAGUUUCUCAGUUUGCACUGAAUCAUCUUGUACACACAGGAGAUGGCUUUACCGUCCUCCCACGCCAUGUCGUUCCGUGGGCCCUGUUGGUCUGUUAGGACGAUGGAGGUUGAGGGAGGGCAGGGCUCAUGCAUCUGGGGCCAAACACAGGCCCAGUCUUGGUUGCCUUAAGAGUCUCACCAGUAAGGUCAGUGUUAGGCUCGCAGUAGGGAUUUUUGAUUUACCCUAGUUAUUGGCUACCUUCACGUACGUCCUGCGGGCCUUCUUAAACUGGCACUAACCUCCACUCCUCUGCCCUACUGCUUCCCAGACACACUAUGGAGCUGACUAGUUUUGUUACCAUAUUAUAACGGGAAUACUGAUACAGUAGCCUCUUCAGUCUUUAAGAUCUUAGUAAUUUUCAUUCCAAAAAUGCCAGGUGUGAUGCUUUACACUCCAUAAAGUAUGGUUUAAAGGCACAAGGUCAUGGCCCCUGUCAUAGCAGUUGAAUGUGUAUUGAAAUAUUUUUCUAUGGUUUUUUUUUUAAUUACAAUAGAAAAAUAAGCUGUUGUAACAUGUUAGGUCAUGACCAUUUAUGUAUUUAUAUUUGAAAUCAGAUUUCUGUAAACUUGUAUUUGUGUACAGGAUUCUCAGUGGGUUUAUAUAUUGUGACAUUUUUAUUCAAGAUUGAGAUGUGGAUUAUGCUUAACAAUAAAAGCUGAAAUGAGACCAUUUACUUUGUUUAAACUGCUGCACUGUGCACGUUUGGAAAUGUACAUUAAUUUGCUGUAUAUAGUGUCUUGAGUUUGUUUAUACCUCCAAGUUUUUACACUGAAGAUAAAUUAGCUUUAAUUACAUACAAAACUUUUUAGGGAAUAAGCUGUUGGGCUGAAUCUGUAUAAAUGUGCUUUUUACUUUCUGGAUGUACAAUGAAACUUAUACUUGUAUCACACUGCAUCAUAUCUGAUUGCAGAAAUUAAAGCACAAUUUAUAAUACUGUA